CUUUUUACCCUUGAAACCUUUUGUGCUGCUGUGGCGUGAGGUCCUGCUGGCCGCGCAGCGCUGCGGUGUCAGCGGAUGCCCGCUCCAUCCCCGCAUUAACGCUAAAAUACGCCGUGAGUUACACGUGGCUGUGGGUGCUGCGGAGUUACCCCGCGCCCCCUCAGCCGCCCCUCAGAGCCAUUUCCUUUUGCUACAGGUACCACGAAAAGGCCGUUAAAGCUUGUUUUGUCCAGCCUGCACCUCCAUCCAAAGGUCCAACGUGGAUAUCCGGAGAAGUCGCUCUCUCUCGGCUCUGUCCGUGUGGCGCAUGGGAGCGCAGGCCCUCGGGCCCGUGACGUAUAGUCCCGUUCCACGACGUUGGAGAACAAGCCGGGCCCCGAGCCUGCAGCCUGCAUAUUCCUACUGCUUCUCUGAGCCCUUGGGCCGUGACAGAGGAGACAAACCAUGCAGGAAACACUGACACGCGGGGCGGACGGGGCACGCGUGCAGAGCUGGGAGGGAGAAACAGAAAAACACAAGCUCCUGAGCAAAUCCUUAAAGUACCUCUUUUUUUCUUUCCAGUGCCAAAAUUGAAAAAGUUGAAGUGAAACACGAUUUUUGAAGGAGCUGCUGGGGCGAAGGAAUAAAGAAAAAUCCGCAUUUAGUGGGAGAGGAUUCCAGGAUGCCAGGAAGACGCAGAGAGCAGAUCCUGGUGCCAGAAGAAGAGUCUACUGAGACGAAAAAGGUUAAAGAUUCCAAGAUGCCAGGAAAACGCAGAAUGAAGAUCCUGGUGCCAGAAGAAUCUCCUGAGACGAAAAAGGUUAAAGUCAGCCACCCAUCGCAUCGCUCACAGCCUGGGCUGGUGUUGACCCUGGGCCAGGGUAACGUUGGCCAGCUGGGUCUGGGUGAAGACAUCAUGGAGAGGAAGAAGCCAGCUCUGGUCACGCUGCCAGAGAUGGUGGUGCAGGUGGAAGCUGGAGGGAUGCACACGGUGUGCCUCAGCCAGACUGGAAAGAUCUACACCUUUGGCUGCAAUGAUGAAGGUGCCCUGGGACGCGACACCUCGGCCGAAGGGUCUGAGAGCUCUCCAGGGCUGGUGGAGCUGCAGGAGAAGGUGGUGCAGGUGUCGGCGGGGGACAGCCACACGGCCGCGCUGACUGAGGACGGCAGGGUCUUUGUCUGGGGCUCCUUCCGGGAUAACAAUGGAGUGAUCGGCUUGCUGGAGCCCAUGAAGACGAGCUCUGUUCCUUUGCUGCUCCGGCUCAACGCGCCUGUUGUCAAAAUAGUUUCAGGAAAUGACCACUUGGUGAUGCUGACAGUGGAUGGUGACCUGUUCACAUGUGGCUGCGGUGAACAGGGCCAGCUGGGCAGAGUGCCAGCACUCUUUGCCAGCCGAGGAGGACGGAGAGGACUGCAGCGGAUGCUGGUCCCCCAGCUUGUCCCUGUCAGAGGCAAAGGGAGAAGAAGCAAAAUGCGCUUCCAGGACGCUUUCUGCGGGGCGUAUUUCACCUUCGCCGUCACACGUGAAGGACACAUCUAUGGAUUUGGCCUCUCCAACUACCACCAGCUGGGGACCCAGGACACCGAGCCCUGCUUCUCCCCGCAGAACCUCACGUGCUUCAAGAACUCCACCAAGUCUUGGGUUGGGUUCUCUGGCGGGCAGCACCACACGGUCUGCGUCGACUCUGAGGGUAAAGCCUACAGCCUGGGCAGGGCAGAGUAUGGCCGGCUGGGCCUUGGGACAGGGGCAGAGGAGAAGAGCACACCCACAGUUAUCCCGGAGCUCCCCAGUAUCAUCUCGGUGGCCUGCGGAGCGUCAGUUGGUUACGCCGUCAGCAGUGAUGGACGAGCGUUUGCCUGGGGAAUGGGCACUAACUACCAGCUGGGCACCGGGGAGGAGGAUGAUGUCUGGAGCCCCGUGGAGAUGACUGGGAAGCAGCUGGAGAACCGGCGGGUGCUGGCCGUGUCCAGCGGUGGGCAGCACACUGUGCUGCUGGUCAGUGACAAGGAGCAGAGCUGAUGAAGUGACGCCGCCACCGGGCCCAGCAGAAUCACAGCACCCCCAGACCCCCCACAACUUCUGCCUGGCUUGGGGAGCCGAUUACCUGGGGAGGGAGGAGGCUCAUGGAGCUCGGCCCAGCAGCGCCUGCGUGGCUGGAACAGGGUGCCCAUGGGUUCUCCCUGCAAGCGUUUGUCUGUUUUCCUGUGGUGCCCAUGCUCUGUCAGCUCCCCGGGUCAGCUUGGUCCUAAACUGAUCCCAGUUCUGUGCCUGGAUGGAUUUCCACUUCUUCUCGUCUGUUUUUUUAACGUUUCCUGGCCCAGCAAAGCCGAGGGUUUUGUUCUUCACUCUGCAAUCAGGUUUGGGUAAUAGUCUCCCUGAGGUCCCCAUGUUUCCCAGAUCUGGAUGCUCCUCCACCCCCUUACCUAAAUGCACCUCUCUGGCCUGGAUUUGUUUGCUGCCACCCCCCAAACCCUUCUGAGCCCAUUCCAGGUGGAUCUGAAGGAUCCACCUGCAGGAAUGUGCCCAGGAAUCUCUAUCUUUUAAUCCAGAGCUUGUGGCUCCUGUGGGGAUAUUCUGCCUCGUGAGGGAGAAUGCUGCUGGAUGAUGCCUAGCACCUUGUGGCCUGCCUCCCAUCCCUCAAGCUGAGGCCCCCAGGCAGUGAGGCCAGGAGCAGGUUCCCCAGUCCCCAUGGCCUGGAGCAGUCACCUCACCACUGCUUUUUGCAGUCCUGGCCACUCCCUCUUUGCCUUUGGAAACCCAACCAAAUCCAUCCCACAGGUGGGAACACUGUUACUUUAAUUUUUUCACUUUCCCUUGCUGAGGAAGGAGCUUUAUUUGCUGUUAGGGCCUUGCUGAGCAGACACUCAGACCCCAGCUGAGCAUGGAGACACUGGGAACAACAGGACUCCUCCCCGUUGCCUCCCUGAUCCAACUGGUCUUGUUUCCUGUGCCCAGCUUGCUUCAUCCUCUCCUUAUAGGAGGUGCCUUGCAGGUACCUGGAGUGAGGAGGGGUCUGCAAAGAACUAAAUUAUAGCAAUAGGAGGGGGGGUUGUGCCUGGGAAGGGGGGAGGUGUCUGGGGUUAUACAAUGGUUC